GGAGCGAGUACAACAUUGUUUCCUCUCAUACACUUAACAAUGACGUGAAGUCGAUCUAGCAGGUGAAUCAUUACUCAUUUGAAUUCAUACGAAGGGACAUUCACACAGUCAAACUUUCUUCAGUUUCUGUCUUUCUGAUUUUUUUCCCUUUUUUUUUCUUUCGCAUUGAGCCAAUCCAUCCACAUCAGUAGGGGAACACGCGGUCCCGUCCCAGUGUCUUUCGGGGUGCUGUUGCAUUCUCUCAUUCUCCCCUCGUCCACCUAACAUGGCCUGGGACUCAAAGGCGGCCCGCCGGAGGAAAAGCAGUGCCGCAUCGGGGACGAGGAGCAUAGCCAUCCACGCCAGACAGCAGUCGAGACGUGUCGCCCAGCCACGUUCUCAACAUGUAGCAGAUCCUUUCCUCCAGGACUUUCUGAGCCCGUCGUUUGACGCCGCCUCAUACCUCAAUGCGACUUUACCGCCGCUGCAAACCUCGUCUCGCACAUCUGGGAGCCAAGGCUCGGCCCGGGAAGCAGUACCGCUUGCAGAACUCUCGAUACAGACGCAGGAGUUGCUCUCUCAGCUCAACGCCCACACCACCAGGCUGACCAAUACCCUGACCGAGUUGACAAACGACAUCCUCAGGAGUGGCAGCCGCCUAGCCUACGAGGUAGAGCUCUUGCGGGGCGAGACACUCAGUUUGGCGGAGGCGCUUUCCGAGGGGCUCGAGCAUGACAUUUCCAGGUUCGUGCCGGGCGGCGUCCGGGACAUCAUGGCCGAGCCGAAGGCCGGCGUUGACAGCCAUGGCACGUCUGCGCAUCAGCGACGCAAGUCGAUACUCAUGGCCGCCCCGGGAGCCACGGCAGGGGCCACGAGAGCCGCCGCUGAAGGCACAGCAGCGCCAGCACCAGCGCCAGCGCCGGCAGAAGGCCCGGCCGGCCAGGCCGAGACGUCGAGCGCGCCCUCCGAGCCGCCCUACAUCACCCAGCUGCGCACACUUACCCUGGUCCGCUCCCGCCUCGAGUCCGUCAUCAAGACCUUCGGCGACGCCAUGGAAUUUGUCUUCCCUCCCUCCGAGCUCUCCGUCAGCUCCUCCUUCCUCUCCGUCUCGGCCCCGGACGCCGACGGCGGCGGCCGCCACAGCACCGAGGAGAAAGGCCAGCAGGUCCUCCGCAAGCUGCGCGACGAAAUAUCCGGCCUCCUCUCCGGCAACGACGGGGGCGACCCGAUCAAGGGCAUCGAGGACGCCGCGCGCCGCGUCGAGGAACUCAAGGAGCUGACCACCGUCUGGAAGGGCACGGCGGAGGAGAAGGGCCGCACCAAGUUUGUCGAGAGCUUGGCUAAGAUGGUGGAGGAUAGACAUCGGGAGCUGCUGAGGGAGGUGGAGGCGCAGCAGCAGCAACAGCAACAGCAGCAGCAGCAGUCUUCGGGCCGGCGGGACGGAGCCGGCAGGCCCCAGGCGGAGGCGAGCGGCAAAGCGGCCGGUGGUGUCGAGGUUGCUGAUGGUCCGGGGCAGACCGAGACCAAGGGUUACGGCGCUUACGGGUUGAUCAGCCAGCUACAGAGGCUGAGGAACGGCUUGUGAUCGGUGUGAUUAUAAGUCAUUCGGUGGAGUUGCUUCAUGGCCUAUCAUGCGGUUACCUUUUUUUUCCGGCCUUCCUUUA